UUUCCCGGCUGCGCCGCUGAGGCACCCCCGGCUGCAGGCGCCUUGAUUUUAUUUUUGUUGCUCUUACUGCUUUUUUGCAUCUAUUUUUUUUUUCCUCCCCACCAACCGGUGGCAGCGGGGGUCGGUGCACGGAGAGCAGCAGGCCGAGCCGUGCGGAGCCGAGCCGAGCCGUGCGGAGCGGAGCCGAGCCGUGCGGAGCCGAGCCCAGCCGAGCUGAGCCGGGGGCCGGCGAUGCGGUGCCUCGCUCUGCUCGGCCUCGUCGCCUGGGCCCUGGGGAGCUGGGCCGGGCGCAGCAGCGGGGCUUCCCCCCCGCCCUGCCCGGCCUCCUGCAGCUGCGACGGCGACCGCGGCGUGGAUUGCGCCGGGCGGGGGCUGGCGGCCGUGCCCGCGGGACUCAGCGCCUUCACGCACGCCCUAGAUAUCAGCAUGAAUAACAUCACAAGGCUACCAGAGGAUGCAUUCAGGAACUUUCCCUACUUGGAAGAGCUGCGACUGGCUGGCAAUGACCUUUCUUUUAUCCAUCCGAAGGCCUUGUCUGGGUUGAAAGAACUCAAAGUUCUAACCUUACAGAACAAUCAGCUGAAGACUGUACCUAAUGAGGCCAUCAGAGGAUUAAGCGGUUUACAGUCCCUGCGUUUAGAUGCUAAUCAUAUUACUGCCAUCCCAGAAGACAGUUUUGAAGGUCUGGUGCAGUUGCGUCACCUUUGGUUGGAUGACAACAGUUUGACAGAGGUUCCCAUCCUCCCGCUCAGCAAUCUCCCCUCACUGCAAGCGUUAACGCUGGCUCUCAACAAAAUAACGCACAUUCCUGACUAUGCAUUUACAAAUCUUUCAAGUCUUGUUGUUCUACAUCUCCAUAAUAAUAAAAUAAGAACUAUAGGAAAACACUGUUUUGACGGAUUAGACAACCUUGAAACUUUGGAUUUAAAUUAUAAUAACAUGGUAGAGUUCCCUGAAGCUAUAAAAGCACUCCCAAAUCUAAAGGAGUUGGGAUUUCACAGUAACUACAUUUCCAUAAUUCCUGAUGGUGCAUUUGCAGGAAACCCCCUUUUAAGAACGAUACAUUUGUAUGAUAAUCCUUUGUCUUUUGUGGGGAACUCAGCAUUUCAGAAUCUUUCGGAUCUGCAUUCCCUGGUCAUUCGGGGUGCUAGCAUGGUGCAGUGGUUCCCUAAUUUGACAGGAACUGUUAAUCUGGAGAGUUUAACUCUAACAGGGACCAAGAUAAGCAGUAUUCCUGUUAAUUUAUGCCAAGAGCAAAAGGUUCUACGGACUUUGGACUUGUCUUACAACAAUAUAAAGGACCUCCCAAGUCUUAAGGGCUGCCAGUCCUUGGAAGAAGUUUCCUUACAGCAUAAUCAAAUCCAUGAAAUCACAGAGGAUACCUUUCAAGGACUGUCCUCCCUUCGUAUCCUCGACCUCAGUAGAAAUCAUAUCCGUCAGAUCCACAAGGAAGCUUUCACUACUGUUGGAGCUAUAGUUAACCUAGACCUAAGUUUCAAUGAACUCACUUCUGUUCCAACUGAAGGACUGAGUGGACUGAGCCAGCUUAAACUUGCAGGCAAUUCUGAGUUGAAAGAAGCUUUGGCAGCAAAGAACUUUGCAAAGCUCCGGUCACUCUCUGUACCAUAUGCUUACCAGUGCUGUGCAUUUUGGGGUUGUGAUUCUUAUUUAAACUCUAAUGCUGAGGAUUCCAGUCACCAAGAUCAAAGUGCCUUGAUGGAUCGUGAGAAAGCUGAUGCAGAUGUUCUAAAAAAUGAGGAAAAUGAGGAACUGGGACAGACUAUUAUUCACUGUACACCAGCAACAGGUGCUUUUAAGCCUUGUGAAUAUUUAUUGGGCAGCUGGAUGAUUCGACUUACUGUCUGGUUUAUUUUUUUGGUUGCUUUGUUCUUCAACCUGCUGGUCAUAUUAACAAUAUUUGCAUCCUGUACUCCGUUGCCAUCACCCAAACUAUUUAUAGGCCUGAUUUCUGUCUCUAACUUAUUUAUGGGAGUCUAUACUGGUAUUUUAACUUUCUUGGAUGCUGUCUCUUGGGGAAGAUUUGCUGAAUUUGGCAUAUGGUGGGAGACUGGCAGUGGUUGCAGAGUUGCUGGGUUUCUUGCAGUCUUUUCGUCAGAAAGUGCCAUUUUUUUCCUGAUGUUGGCAGCUGUUGAACGGAGCUUCUCUGCGAAGGAGAUCAUUAAAAAAGGGAAAAGCAAUCACCAAAAACAGUUCCAGAUUGCAGCAGUUUUUGCUUUCCUGUGUGCUGUGGUAGCAGGAUGCCUACCACUUUUUUAUAAAGCGGAGUACUCAGCAUCGCCCCUUUGCUUGCCCUUCCCCACUGGAGAAACACCUUCAUUAGGCUUCACAGUAACUUUAGUGCUCCUGAAUUCAUUAGCAUUUUUGCUAAUGGCUGUUAUCUACACUAAACUGUAUUGCAACUUGGAGAAAGAGGACCUCUCUGAAAACUCACAGUCCAGCAUGAUUAAGCAUGUCGCUUGGCUGAUCUUCACAAACUGCAUCUUCUUCUGCCCCGUUGCGUUUUUCUCAUUUGCGCCCUUGAUCACUGCGAUUUCUAUCAGCCCUGAAAUCAUGAAGUCCGUUACUUUGAUAUUUUUCCCGUUACCGGCUUGCCUGAAUCCAGUUCUGUAUGUGUUCUUCAACCCAAAGUUCAAGGAAGACUGGAAGCUGCUCAGGCGCCAUUUGACCAGGAAGAACGGAGCGGUAGCAAUUGCCGUCAACACUCAAGGGGGCUGUGUGACGCAGGACUUUUAUUACGACUGUGGCAUCUACACACAUUUGCAGGGUAACAUCGCUGUGUGUGAAUGUUGCGAAUCGCUCCUUUUGUCCAAGCCCGUGCCCUGUAAACAUUUAAUAAAAUCACACAGCUGCCCGGCGCUGGCAGUGGUGCCUUGCCAAAGGCCGGAUGGCUACUGGUCGGACUGUGGCACCCAGUCAGCCCAUUCUGACUAUGCGGAUGAGGAUGACUCUUUUGUGUCGGACAGCUCAGACCAAGUGCAGGCCUGCGGGCGUGCAUGUUUCUACCAAAGCCGAGGAUUCCCUUUGGUUCGUUAUGCCUACAAUAUACCAAGAAUUAAAGACUGAAAGGCUUUUAGCCAUCAGCUGUUCUAAUAGAGGUAUAAUGCUUCAUAGACUGUUGCCUGUUUUGACCUUUCAAGCAGGAAGCACUUUUGUAGUUGUCGUUUAAUGUCAUUUGUAAAGAAGGGAAGUGGGCAGUAACUUCUUGAGCCAUACAUGUGAAAAUAACUAAAGAAAUAAAUCAAUCGCCCUGACUGUAAAUAAUUGGUAAAUCAGUUUUGUUACCCAGUAUUUUUAUUCUUUCCACGCAGUAGUGGUUUCUUUUAUACAGUUUUUUACAUGCUAAUGGUGUGUUUCCACGUUGUACUCCAGUUGUACUUUGCUUCUGCUGUUGGCGAGGUAAGUUGAUUCUGCCAAAGCAAAAUAUAAAGGACAACUGUUAAAUAGUAAAGAAAUUAUUUUUAAAUGUGACUUUUCUAUAAUUAAGCAAAAGAACUCUCAUGCUAGCUUUGUAUAGUGUAUUCAACAUUGAAUCUCAGGAUGAAUUUUACUGCAGGGCCAAAAAAGGGAUUAAUUCUCCCAUACGUAACUGUGACAGCAAUAUAGGAAUACCAUGUUUGGUUUGUAUUUUAAGCCAGCGUUCAGUUUUAAAAAAGACUUUGUAACAAUAAAACUCUUGUAAUCCACAGUAUCUGUAGACUAUGAAAUAAGUGUAUUAACAGCUGUCAGGAAUAAUAGGGUUGAAGACAUUUUCCCAGAGAGAUGACACAUUACUUCAGGUGAACCACAGCAGCUUUCUUCAUUGUUAUGCAGUUGGGUCACACUGUGAGAAGGAAUAUUCAUGCAUCAGGGGGUGUUAGCAGUGCUGUCGAUGUAAACAGCUCAUGUCUUAGUAGAAAGACUGGCUAAUACUGUGCAGCCUGCUGAAUGUUACAGCAACUCAGUAAUAUCUAUGAAUACACCGAGAUUUAGCAAGUAGAAGGAAAACAGAAAGUGAUUUUGCAAUAAAACAAAAGGAUUUUUACAAAUUAUUUUACUGAGAGUGAAGUACACUGUGCAAAGGCACUGAUUUUCAUGUAAAUCAGUGUAAAUAUUUUUAAAGUAUUCAAGUCCUGAGACUGAAAUGAUUUAACUACAAUCAGUGAUCCAUUUUAUCGAUUUAGUUUGAAAAUAUGAUUGAUAUAAAGUUAUGAAUGCAUGAUUAAGUAAUUAUGUAUGCUUCUUGAACAAUACGCUAAAUCAAGAGCAAAUCCACUGCCAUCCCAGUUACUCCAGAGACAUUCUUGUUAAGAUUUAAAUCUAGAUUGCUGUUUUAAGAAUUAAACUGUAUAUACUGUUCAUACAAUGAAUUUUUAUCUUUGUAUUGUAAAUUAUUUGAUAGAACACAUGAUGGGAAAUGUGGCUUCAGUUCAAUUUGUUAAUUAAAGCUACCUCCUAAACAAUAGUGGCUGCCAGUAGCAGAAUGUUUAAAAAGUGGUUUAUAUACUUUUUGCAUUGUAAAUAGACCUGGUUGUAUAUUGUCACUGUAAUAAAAACAGAAUCCUUGUAUAUCAAAAUCAUGUAGUUUGUACAAAGUAUGGGAGGAUUAUUUACUGUAUGCUGUUAAUUUUGUAAGCCAAAAUAUUCACAUGUAAAAACAAAGGAGAAGAACACCAACCCAGAGUUGUUAAUUCUUAUACUUACACUCAUGAAUAUUACAUCUGCAAUUAGCAUGGAAUGUUACACUGAAAGCAAAUAAAGGGUACAUGAAUAUUGAUUGUUAUUUAUCUCGAUUUGUCAAAGUGGAGGCUGAAGAAAAUGGUGCUCAUGUAAAAUUAUUGAGCAUAAAUAAUGUCAUCUGCUCUCCAUUACACAUGGUGAGAGUUUGGGAAACAACUGCCAGAAAAAUAAGAAAGUUGCCAAUUUACAAAUGAAUUUAUGAGCUCCUGACUAAUGCCGACUCUUGGCGUGCAAAAGGUUAAAACCUUCAGAGAAGUGUUUGCCCUUUUAAAAAGCAAUCUUUUUAUUAAAGAUAUUAUUACGUACUGCGUUUGAGUUGAAAUGUUUUUACUAUGACUUGGGGAGUCGUAGAGAUGAUUAUUUUGGUUUUGAUACUAUUUCUGUGCUGAGAGUUGCAGGGCGGAGUUUCAGGCCCUGGUUUUGUUUGAGUCCCAGUCUGUUCCACACUCCCUCGAUGGCCACCCCAUCACAGGUAAUGGAAAUACUUUAACAAGAAUACUUCUCAAAAAGGACAAUAAAUGUCAUACAUGGUAGAGAAGGAAAUCCAGCCAUCGAGCUUCCAGAAAGCCCAUUGUAUUUUCAAACAAUGUUGAAUAUGGAUUUAUUUCUUCUUCUGUUUUACAAAUGAGUCUUCAUUGAAAUGCUGUUAAAACAGUCAGAUGUGAUUGGAUUGCAGUUCUAAUAUUUCAUUGUAUAUUAAUAUGUUUUUUGGAGUUAAGAGUUAUGCUUAUGGUUAACUUUUAAUGUCGUCAGCCCAGUUCUUUUCCAACAAACGUAGGUGUUAUGUGCUGGUAGAGGUGAAAGAGGACAGGCACUAACUACUAAAAUCAACUCGUCAAGAAGUAGUGCUGCAAAACUUGCCUGUCUCAACAUCACCACGUCUGACACCGCUGGAUGAUCACAUAAGGAGAACCCAGAGAAAUCCAGCCACCAGGUAUUUAGUGCCUCCUUUGUUGUGUCUUUGCUGUACAAGUUGGUCACAGUAACAGGGCAUAAUGUAAUGUUUGAAUGUUCACAGCCACAAUAGGAAAAGAAUUGCUGAGAACUUGUUCCCACUUCGGAAGUGGUGUCGAGUACAUGGAGGCAACUUGCCUCGAAGUUGUGCUGUGAGAGGAAAGUGGAGGGGUUUUCCAGUUACCUUUGUACAAGUGGCUUUCAGAGCUGUCACCCAGGCAGGCAAAGCUUCCUAAUUUCAGGUUUGAGACUCAAACAUCUGAAACCUCACACGUUACACCUUUGUAAGGGUCCCUGACAAAUAAGUCCUUGAUUCUCUAGAGUCUAAAGCUAGCUGAAACUGUUUUUACAGUGACAAUGCCACAAGCCU